CGUCUCUCUUCUCUUUCUCUUUCUCUUUCUCUUUCUGGUGUUUAAAUACAAAACCCUAAUCCCCAUUUCUUCUAUCUUCUCAGCCUUGAGAGAAUUAUCCUUUUUGUAGAACAAUGUCAAGCUCUGAUCCGAAACCCGGGCCUAAACCCGGUCCACUUCCUCCAACCCCAGAAUCCCCCGCAAUGCCACCGUCUACCUGGGCCAAACGUACCGGAUUCCGUCCCAAAUUCUCCGGCGAGACCACCGCCGCCUCCGUUUCCGGCCAACUCUCAUUGCCUGCUUCCGUUAGAGCCACACAAUCAGAAUCCCAGCCGGAUCUCGAAGCUGGCCAGCCUCGCCUCCGCCCUUCUCCUCCUGUCUCCGCCGUGGCUAACGGUGCGACGGAUAAGAAAGAAAAUCCGCCGCCGCCUCCACCACCACCGGAACGACAGCAACCUCCUCCUUCUGCUGCUGCUGCUGCUGCUGCUCCGGUUAAGAGACGGAGAGAUUCUGAGGGGAGAUCAAACGGACCUGAUGGUGGGGCUAAUGGGUCUGGUGAACCGGUUAGAAGACCGAACCGGAUUGAAGAGACAGUGGAGGUUUUGCCACAGAGUAUGGAUGAUGAUUUGGUGGCUAGAAAUUCGCAUAUGAAGUAUGGUCUCAGAGAUACUCCUGGACUUGUUCCGAUUGGGUUCUAUGGUUUGCAGCAUUACCUCUCCAUGUUAGGCUCACUGAUUCUUGUUCCACUUGUUAUUGUUCCUGCCAUGGGAGGUUCCCACGAGGACAUUGCGAAUGUUGUCUCGACUGUACUUUUUGUGUGUGGAAUCACUACGUUGUUGCAUACUUCGUUUGGAUCCAGGCUUCCUUUGAUUCAAGGCCCUUCUUUUGUUUUUCUUGCUCCCGCUUUGGCCAUCAUUAACUCACCUGAGUUUCAAGGUCUGAAUGGAAAUAAUAACUUCAAGCAUAUCAUGAGAGAACUGCAAGGAGCAAUCAUAGUUGGUUCCGCUUUUCAAGCAAUGCUUGGUUACAGUGGCUUGAUGUCGCUAAUUUUGAGGUUGAUCAAUCCAGUAGUUGUUGCUCCUACGAUAGCUGCCGUUGGACUUUCUUUUUACAGCUAUGGAUUCCCGCUUGUUGGUAAAUGUCUUGAGAUCGGUGUAGUCCAGAUACUACUUGUGGUUAUCUUUGCUCUUUAUCUCCGGAAAAUCUCAAUUUUAAGCCAUAGGGUUUUCCUUAUUUAUGCGGUUCCAUUGAGUCUUGCCAUCACUUGGGCCGCUGCAUACCUUUUAACCGAAACAGGAGCUUACACCUACAAAGGUUGUGACUCAAACGUUCCUGUCUCAAACGUUGUAUCUAGCUACUGCAGAAAAUACAUGACCAGAAUGAAGUACUGUCGGGUUGAUACUUCUCAGGCACUGAGAUCCGCCCCUUGGUUUAGGUUUCCUUACCCUUUGCAAUGGGGUGUGCCGAUAUUCACCUGGAAAAUGUCUGUUGUCAUGUGUGUUGUCUCUAUAAUUGCUUCAGUAGAUUCGGUUGGUUCGUACCAUGCUUCUUCUCUGUUAGUAGCGUCAAUGCCUCCAACUCCUGGUGUUGUGAGUCGUGCAAUAGGUCUUGAAGGCUUGACAAGUGUCUUAGCCGGUUUAUGGGGUACAGGUACUGGUUCAACCACGUUAACCGAAAACGUUCACACAAUCGCUGUGGCUAAAAUGGGAAGCCGCAGAGUCGUUGAGUUAGGCGCAUGUGUUUUAGUUAUAUUAUCCCUUGUUGGUAAAGUUGGAGGUUUUUUUGCAUCAAUACCUCAAGUGAUGGUUGCUUCUCUUCUUUGCUUUAUGUGGGCAAUGUUUACGGCUUUAGGUCUCUCGAACUUACGUUAUAGUGAAGCUGGAAGCUCGAGGAAUAUCAUCAUUGUCGGAUUAUCGUUGUUCUUUUCUCUCUCUGUCCCAGCUUACUUCCAGCAGUAUGGCAUUUCUCCAAAUUCGAACCUCUCUGUUCCAAGUUAUUACCAACCGUACAUUGUUGCUUCUCAUGGACCCUUCAAAAGCCAAUAUAAAGGGGUGAACUAUGUGAUGAACACGCUCUUAUCGAUGAACAUGGUGAUUGCGUUUAUCAUUGCGGUGAUUUUGGAUAAUACUGUUCCUGGGAGCAAGCAAGAACGUGGGGUGUAUGUUUGGUCUGAUAGUGAGACUGCAACAAGAGAACCAGCGUUAGCAAAAGACUAUGAGCUGCCGUUUAGGGUUGGGAGGUUUUUCAGAUGGGUCAAAUGGGUUGGCAUUUGAAAGAAUAACAUAAUGGAAGAAGUGGGUGUAAAUAGGUCAGAUGGAGGAUUCUCUUUCCUUUUGUUCUUUUUUUUUAGUCUCAGUUUUAUUAUAUAACAUGGUGGAGUUUUCUUGGGUCGGAAGUUUGUCUAUUGGAGAGUUUUUGUGGUUUAAAACAGAGAACGGGGAGUGAAUGUUGUAAGUUAUAUAGAGUAUUAUGAUCAAUCCUUUUGUAAUAUCUGAUUGUUCUUUGGAUUACAAUACCUUGUGUUCACCGGUG